AUGUCAACACAAAAAGUCACUGAGCAAUUGUACCAGUCUGGCGAUUUCGAAAGACUGUCACAGGUUCUUGAACAAAACCUAGAACAGUGCGGUUGGGCCACUGAGAUGAGAGAUUAUGCGCGUUCGCUCAUUAAAGCAGAUAACACAAUUCAUUUUCAGGAUCUAUAUGAGAAAUUGUUAAAGGCUGCAACAGAGUCGUUUCCUUCGUCUUUGAAAGUUUCUAUGCUACAGGAGAUAAAGUCGACUAUUUUAAAAAUGACGGACGUUGCACAACAUCAGCAGGACCAAGGACAAAAUUAG